AUGAUUGGAAAGAAUAAAAUGCCUGGAAUCAUCCCAUUGGCAGUUCGUGACAUUUUUAAUGAAAUCAACGAAACUAAGGAUCGAGAAUUCGUCGUGAAAAUCGGCUACAUUGAGAUUUAUAACGACAAAGUUUAUGAUCUCUUUGAAGACGGUAAAACGGAACUUUCCAUCUUCGAAUCCAAUGGACACGUCUUGGUAAAUCAAAAAGAGUACGUGGCUGUAUCAGAAAAGGAAGUCAUGAAACAAUUUGCUGUCGGAAACAAAUGCAAAAAAAUGACUGGGACGAAAACCAACAAAGACUCGAAUCGAUCGCAUACAAUUUUCCAAAUAACGAUCAAAUCUCAAAACAAGAAGGCGAAAGAUUCACGUACUUCGAAUUUAUUCUUAGUGGAUUUGGCUGGUAGUGAAAAACCAGAUGCGUCAGCAACAACAACAUUCAACGAAGGCCUGCACAUCAACCAAAGUCUUCUUGUUCUUGGAAAAAUCAUCAGAGAGCUAGCGAAGAAAAAUUCGAGUUUGAAGCGCGUCAACUUUCGAGAAUGCAAACUGACGAGAAUUCUCUCACCAGCACUGGGUGGGAACUCUUAUGCUUCGGUGAUUUGUACUGCGGCUCCAACGGUUCUUGAUGAAACUUAUCACACACUUUGCUUCGCGCAAAAUGCAGAAAAGGUAAAAACAGUUCCGAAGUUCAAUCUUGUCAGCAGGACGAAAUUUUUCUUCCAAGCUUGCCAAAUGACAGUUUCUAGUUCUUCAUCUUCAUCAUCUGAAACAAAUGUAGCAGUCGAUUUGAAUUUAGAAAGACAACUACCACUCAGUCCAAUAGCAGUACCGGAGAGUUCAUCAGGCAUCCCAAAGAAAAUAAAAUCAAAAAUGUAUCAGAAAACAUCAACAAAGAUGUUGGCAGUAAAUAGUACACCGACAGUAAAAGCAAGUAGAAAAGUUACAAUCAAUGAUGAAGAAACUUUAAUAGAACAUCGUGAUGGGAUGAAAAAUCGUGUGGAGCCGUUAGGAUUGUCUGGAAAAAAGAGCGUCAAAGAACCAGCAGACUCUCAAGGAGUCAUUCAAGAAGGGAAGGACAAGAUCAUCAAGAAAUUGCAAGAAGAAGUACGCAAACUUAAAGCUGAAAAUGUUGAGAUGCGAGCUGAAAUCGAAGGCAACAACGGGAUUGUUAACGAAAAACAACAAGAAAUCGAAGAGUGCAGAAAUAAAGUCGUCGAGUUGGAAGAUGACAUAAAAAUUUACGCUAUUGCUUUUCGUGAUUUAGAGCUCGCCAUUCGUGAAAAGGAGAGAAGAAUGAUGAAAGUGGGCGAAGAGAAAAAUGAAAUGAGAUCAAAUUUCAAUGAAAAAUUUGAUGAGUUCAAAAAAAUCCUUGAGGCGAAGGACAAUGAGAUCGUUGCACUGAGGGAAAAGGAAAAAGCAAAAAAUGCCUCAACAGAGGCGAAGAAAAACGAACAUCUGGACAACUUCUUGAAAACUGAGCAAAGCUUUAAUCUAAAAUAUGAAUCAGCACAAAAGCAAUUAAGUAUUACGCUCAGUCAAUUAAAUGAUAAAAUUGCUAUAAUUAAAGAAAAAGACGACGAAAUUGAAUUGAUUCGAAGCAAGUUGAAUGAGUUUGGAAAUAAGGAAGCAGAUAAAGACACACUUACCGUUGACAUUGUAAACAAAGAUAAUGAAGGUUCAUCAGGUUCAUCAGGUUCUACCGAAAAUAAGGAGACCGAAGGUUCUUCCGCCUCUCAAGGAUCAUCUGAAAACAAAUCAUCGGAAUCAGAAGCAGAGUCCCAAAAAACCGUAAUCAGGAAAGGAACAUGCCUGACAUGUGGACUUCACUUUCAACGGCAACCAGGUCUUGAACGUCAUAUUAAAAUAAAACACUAA